CUCUCAAAAAAAAAAAAAAUCCUCAAAUUUCACCUAAAUUAUCAAAUUCCAGAUCACUCGAAAACAUCAUCAAAUCAUUCUUUUCUUACCCAAAAUCUUUCUAUUUCUUCACAUCAAAUUCAUCAUAAUCAUUUUUCAUCAAACAAAAAAAAACCCCAAAUCAAAUUCAUGGGUUCACAUAACCCUAAUUAAUUUACAACCUUGUUCAACCCGUCGGAAUCAAAAUUCCGGCGAAUUUCAUCGAAAAUAAUAGGAGAGAGAGAAAAUAGUCAUGUUCUAUGGAGCAGUAGUGUGGGACCCAUGUCUAAUCGUCGCUCAAAUUGUUUGUUUGCAAUGUUUAUAUUACGUAACACUUGGAUUAAUUUUUGCCCUUUUAGUCGGAACUAGGGUUUCCAGAAUGAGUCUCUUUUAUUUCUUUGAUUUCGCCGCUGUAACCGCCUCUACUGUCACUGGUUCUUGUGUCAUUGCUUCAUUUCUCCUCACUUCCCUUGCUGGAGCUGGUUACUUGCUUUAUCUGGUUGAGAGGGCAAAAAAGUGUUUAGAUUUCUCUGCAACUCUGUACAUCAUCCAUCUCUUCAUUUGUGUGGUAUACGGUGGAUGGCCUUCGACGUUCACAUGGUGGCUUGUUAAUAUAGCUGGACUUGCUACUAUGGCAUUGCUUGGUGAAUAUUUAUGCAUAAAACGUGAACUUCGGGAAAUUCCUAUUGCCCGCUUUCGUCCAAAUGUAUGAUUGAUCUUAUAAACUCAUUAGGUGGGAGGAAUGUUAUUUCAACUUGUGAUCGGUGGCGUUUGAUCGCAAGAAGGUCGUGGCGGCAACUUGUGAAUACUUCGAGGAUUAUCAAGUCAUAUUUCACGAAGGAUGGACUGAAGCGCUUUUCAUGGCGUCUCUUAUUGUUUUGAUUGAUUACAAAUGGGAGCAGCACUUGGCAAGUGAGUACUUAGAAGCGUAGAGCCUUGCUGUUUCUAGGUAUGAAUAGCUUUCCAAGAACUUGUAUAAUUUUCUAGGCAGCUUCCCAACAAGUGAAUAUUUUUGUUUGGAUUUUGUUUAACUAUCUCUAAUUGGAUGUGAUUGUGCAUUCUUUUCAUUUGGGGGGAUAUAUCUUCUUGAUAACAGCAAGAAAAAUUCCGUCUUCAACAUGAAAUCCUUUAUAUAUCUUCUUGCUAUGUGA